AUGGAAACCAGGGGAAAGUCAGAGCUCCUGGAGAGCAGACUGAGCAUGGCUGACUUAGUGAAGAUGCAGAGUCUUUUCCUGGACGACACCUCAGGGAAGGGUGUGUCCCUGGAUAAAGCAGAGUUUGUGAGGAGGGCAUGGUCAGAGGUGGGCGGAGGCUCUUUGGACGAGUUCGCGCAGCUUUUUGACAACGCCGAUGUGUUGCGGGGCGGACAGCUGAACUGGUCCCAGCUCGCCUCCUUCCUGCUACUGGGACUGUCUGAAAAGGAAGAGCAAACCAAAGCGUCAACGGUGCCACGCUGGAAACCUGCCCGUCAGCUGCCCACUCCUCACCGACAGCCAAUCGAACACUUCACCCAUCUGCAGGGAGCCAAUCCACAGUACCUGAGCAUCAGCAGAGAGGGUACGCUGGGUGUGUGGGCAGAAGACCUGGUCCUACUCAAAAAACACCAAGUGGCCAAUGACUCAGUCCGGCCCAAAGACCUGUGGGUAACUGGAAUGGCAGUGCUUCCUAAUGUGUACAAGAUAGCCGUCUCUUUCACCAGUAAGGAGAUCUGUUUCUAUGACCUGCUGUCUAAGCCAGAGUUUAACUGUCAGUAUAAGAUACAGGGCCUGGAACACACCCCCAUCUGUCUGGAUUACUGGUACCACCCCCAGGACCCCGACCAAGCUGUGCUCACCUUUGGCGACAUGGGCGGGCAGGUGAAUGCCAUUUGCUUCUGCUCUGCUCUCAUCUCUCUAUUUGAGAGGCCUGGUCUUAGUGUGGAAGAGAAGUCGGUCAUCAUCAUUAAGUGGGCGGAGCUUGUCCAAGGCCGUCAGUCCUGCUGUUACACAGUCAGACACAGGGAACAUGGCCCAAACUGGGUCCGUAGAGUGCGGUUCCUGGGAGCCCUGGAGGCUGUUUUGUCUUGCAGCAGCGGGUCCCAGAGCAGUCUGGUGCUGGCCUGGACAGGCAAGGAGGGCCAUCCCCUGAGACUCAGCUCCUUUCACAUGAAGAAAGGCAUCACAGACCUGGACUACCACACUCAGCUCAGUCUCAUAGCCACUGCAGGUGUGAACCAUCAGGUGUGCCUGUGGAACCCCUAUGUAAUCUCUAAACCGGUGGGCGUCCUCCGAGGUCACAUGACCAAUGUGGUGGCUGUGCGUUUCAUACAGGGAAAGAAACGGUUGCUGAGUUUCUCCAAAGACAAGGUACUGAGAGUAUGGGAUGUUGCCACCCAUCUGUGUAUCCAACAUGUAGCUGGGAUCUUUCCAAAGACCCAUGAGUGUCAGACUCUGCUGUUCUUCCAUGAGGAGUGCUCGCGUCUCCUCCUCUCCUUCAACAGUGCUCUGUUCCUUCUGGAGGUGAACCAGGAGGCUGGGAGGAGGGUCACGAGCCACGAACGCACCAUCACCUGCGUCCUGUACAAUGCUCUCUUUAGACAGGUCAUUAGCAGUGAUGCUGCCUCCACUGUGACCUUUUGGCUCAUAGACACAGGUCAUAAGGUCAAGCAGUUCCCCUGUUGCCACGGUGAUGCUGAGAUUUCUACCAUGGCAUUGGACACAACCCAGACCCGUCUGUUUACUGCUGGCACGGACGGCCUGGUGAAGGUGUGGGACUUUAAUGGACACUGUUACCAUAGGCUAAACGCAGGAUGUAACCAGGCAGAGCAUAUCUCCCAAAUACUGGUGCUGAAGAGAACAGUGCUCAUAAUGGGCUGGGAAAGGAUUCUCAGAGUGUUCAGACUCAACACAUUCUCUCAGUACCAUGUUCAGCCAUCUGAGUGGAGGGGUGGUCUUCAGCACUGUGAUGAUAUCCUUUGUGCUGCUUUCUGCCCACCCCAGACCCUGGUCACAGGCAGCCAUGAUGGAGAGAUUAUUGUUUGGAACAACAGCACUGAGAAUGCCUUGCGCAAGCUGCGUCCAGAUGGCAACCACAGCCUAAUGUCCAAAUUUGCAGAUCGCACCCUGCUGAAGACCAAGGCUCUACCCUCAGCAUCUAGAUGCUCACCUUCAGGUUCUGAGUGUUCUCUGCUCUCCGCUGCCAUCUCUGGUGAGAAAGACACGGUCAACAGACUUUGCUUCAUUGGGAAUCGUAAGGAGGUGGCUCUGACAGGUGGAGCCGAUCUCGUGUCAGGUGGGAGGUCCGGACUGAUCCGGUUCUGGAACACAGCACAUAGUUCUCUGGUGGCUGAAUUUGUUGCCCACAAACACUCAGAAUCUGUCAUUUUUACCGUGGAUGGAAGUGGGUGUUACCUUGUGACUGGAGAUAUGAAUGGAGAGGUGAAGAUAUGGGACAUACAGGACUAUUGUCUCCAGCCCAGUGAGGGUGUAACCAACCAUAUGCCGAAUCUGUUGUCCAGUCUCCAGCCCCACACAGACUGUGUCACCGACCUGGAAACAUGUGUUCAUGAUGACUGUCUGUACCUGCUCUCAGCCUCUGCUGACUGUUGUGUAACGCUUAGCUACCUGAGUGGAUCCAUUGUGGGAAUCUUUGGACAGCAGAAGGAACACUGGUGCCUGGGUGAGAUGGGGUGUCCUCAGCCAACAGAAGAGCAUGUGGGGAACAUGGAACCACCAGAGGAGACAAUGCCAUGCCCACAGCCUCCAGAGACCAUCACUGAACACAGUUCCCCGACACUGAAUGGAUCAGAGACCUCACAGAGUGCAAGAGAGACCAACUGGGUUGAUGAAGAGCAACCCAGCAUCCACAGUGCCAAUGUCCUGGGCAGAAGUGGACUUGUGUGGAGAUACAGAGAGGGGCGCAGCUUAAAGGAGUGUCACAGCAAAUGUUCCAGGAGAGGCUACACACGGCACACUGUUAUUGGUGUAUUUAGUGAGAUGAAAAUUGAUGAACUGGAGGCAGUGGGGGACCUGCAUAAGCCAGACUUUAUGAUCAAUCCUCAUUUGUAUUUUGGCAAGAUGUGGGACUCCUCCAGUCCAACGCCUCUACCCUUGCCGACUGCCUCUCUGGAAAACACAUUCCGAGCUCCCUUUGGUGAGAGGAAUUUCUUCACUGAGAAGUUCCUGAGACAGUCUGAGUUGGCGCAAGGCUCUCAUGACCAAUCAACGGAGGCCAAAAUGACAAAGACCCACGGAGGGAGAGGCAAAAGACAGACAGAGCAGGAGCUGUUGCUCAGUGGUUGUGUGAGGAAACUGGCUGUUUCUGAUGUACUGAUGGACAGUCUGGAAUUUCUCACCUUUAGAAACCUGCGAGAGCUGCGCAUGGAGACGCUGCAGUUGGACCUGGAGAGCAAGGAUGUAGAGAGCCGUCUGCAGCAGCUCCGAGACAACAUGAGCCGGGAGAAAGAGGAGAGAGAGUGA